GGCACAGCGCCGCAUCACGCCGACCAAAGUGCGUCAAAAAAAGACCCAAGAAACGCGACCAUUGCCCACUUUUCUCCCAAGUGACUCGUCGUCACCAGCGAAGCCGCGAUGCGUUAGAUCAUGUAGGGUUUGGUCGUUUCUUUUUUUAAAUCCACAUUUUCUUUUUCUUUUCUUUUUUUUGUAAUUUUUUUUGUAUUUUUUUUUACCGGAUAGCCUGAAGAACUGUGAAGCCUCUUUAUCACGCCGCCGGAUUCCCUUUCAUCUAGCCGCCUGUAGCUUUGAACCGAGCGGUGAACUUUUCUUUUUGAGUGAGUGAGUGAGUGAGUGUGUGUGUGAUAGAGAGAGAGAGAGAGAGAGAGAGAGAUAGUGUGUGUGUGAAAAGUACAAGUCACCCCCCAUCCGUCGUCGACACCCAAAGGAGUUUGUGAUAUAUUUGGCCUGACAACCCUUUCGUCAUGAGUGAACAGAGUAUCUGCCAGGCGCGAGCUGCUGUCAUGGUGUAUGACGAUGCCAAUAAGAAGUGGGUCCCAGCUGGUGGUUCCACGGGCUUCAGCAGAGUCCACAUCUACCACCACACGGGCAACAACGCCUUCCGCGUGGUGGGCCGCAAGAUCCAGGAUCAUCAGGUGGUGAUAAACUGUGCCAUUCAGGGGCUGAAGUACAACCAGGCCACGCAGACCUUCCACCAGUGGCGGGAUGCCCGACAGGUCUACGGGCUGAACUUCGGCAGCAAGGAGGACGCCAACGUGUUUGCCAGUGCCAUGAUGCAUGCUCUGGAGGUGCUCAACUCGCAGGAUGCAGGCCCCACAUUGCCCAGACAGGCCCCCCAGGUACAGAAUGGACCCACACCAGAGGAGAUGGAGCUGCAGAGAAGGCAGCUUCAGGAGCUGCAGAGGCAGAAGGAGAUGGAGCGUGAGCGUCAGGAGCGUGAGCGCCUCGAGCGAGAGAUGCAGGAGCGGGAGCAGCAGGAACGCGAACGUCAAGAACAUGAACGUCAGGAGAGGGAGGCGCAGGCGGAGCGGGAGCGCCAGGAGCAGCAGGAGCGUGCAGAGCGUGCCGAGCGUGAGCUGAUGGAGCAGGAGAAGGCAGAGAGAGAGCGAAUUGAGAGGGAGCAGCAGGAGCAGUUGGACAGAGAGCAGCAGGACUGGGAGAGAGGGAGACGCAUCUCUAACGCCGCCUUUGAGAGCACCCUGUACAACCCCACUCCUCAGGAGUACGGCAGGACAUCCUCAACGCCCAUAUCUCCAUCCACGCCCACCUACCCAGCUCCAGGGGUGCCAUCACCCUGCUCCACAACUCCACCCACCCCCCCUUUAAGGCAUUCGGCCUCCAGAUUUGCCACCUCACUAGGGUCCGCCUUCCACCCGGUCCUGCCUCACUACGCCACAGUCCCAAGGCGACAGCAAGCCUUUCCCCAAGCACCGCCCCCUGCUGCAGCCCCUGCCCCUGUCCCAGCUCCUCCAGCUAAGUCUGUGGUGUGGUCAGCCUGUAAUUUCACUCCCUUACCCCCCUCGCCCCCCGUCAUGAUAAGCAGCCCCCCAGGGAAGGCUGCAGGCCCACGGCCGCUCAUCCCCAUCGCAGCACCUUCCCCUCUCACCCAGAAGCCUCCAUCGCCGGCUCCCAACGGCCCACCCAUGUUCCCAGCACCUUCCCCCGUGACCAUCCCACACAGCCACACCCCUCUCGGCAUCACCUGCCCCACACCGCCUCCCCCGCCCACCCCACCCCCUCUUCCCUCACCUCUAGUCGCCCCUCUGUCUUCCUCCUUCGUCUCGUCUCCCCCCUCCUCAUCCCAAGCUCCUGGUGUGCCCUUUCCCUCCACAGCACCCCCUGCUGCUGCAGCCGCUGCCACCUCUGCCUCUGCUGAGCACCUCUCCCUCCCCGUGGGCCUGGGCCUGUCAGGGCCGGGGGAGCCGGACACAGCUGCAGGCCCAGAGCCCCACCCGCCUCAGUGGGGCUCCACCUGUCAACCCCAGCCCCAGGACGUGGUGCAGACCCCAGGGUUAGCAACCCCUCCCCCACCUCCACCCCUGCCACCCGGCUCCACUGUGACCUCGACUGCCGCCACCCUGGCAGUCACCCCCACCACCCCGGCAGGCCAUCCUCCCCCGCCCCCACCUCCUCCGCUCCCUCCUACAUUGACUCCAGGCGGGACCCCUCCUCCUCCCCCGGGUCCACCUCCUCCUCCUGGAGCCCCCUCCCCUCCCCCAGCGCCACCCCUCCCUGCCGGACUGUUCUCUCCUGCAGAGGACGGCCCCAUCUCAGGUUUGGCCGCUGCCCUUGCUGGAGCCAAGCUGCGCAAAGUGCCAAGGAGUGACGAUGCAGGGGCGGCUCUGGCAGCAGCCAUGUUGGGGGCUGCGGGGGCCUCGGGGGCAAAAUCAGAAGCGAGAGGAAACGGCCCUCUUCCCGGAGGAGGCGGGCUUAUGGAGGAGAUGAGUGCCCUAUUGGCCAGGAGAAGAAGAAUUGCAGAGAAGGGCUCCUCACCUGAACCCGACCAGAGAUCAGAGGAGGGCGAGAUAAACACGACUCCGAAAAUGUCAGCCUGUAGCACACCAGACAUGCCCAGGAAGCCUUGGGAAAGAACAAACACCAUGAACGGUAGCAAAUCUCCAGUUAUCGGAAGACCCAAAUCCACUCCGACACCCACUGCAUCCUUAAGUGCCAACGGUGUGCCAACAGAAUCUGUUGACUAUGAUCGAUUGAAACAGGAUAUUCUGGAUGAGAUGAGAAAGGAGCUGUCGAAGCUAAAAGAAGAGCUCAUCGAUGCAAUCAGGGAGGAGCUGGGCAAGUCCAGCACAGCGUAGAGGAUCCAGAACCUCCUCCUCAGAACAUCUACAUCCACGUGAGCCGCAAGAAAAAACCCCCACGGUCCAAUCUAGACAAUACAGCAGAGAGAAACAAUCCAAUCAAGGAAGGAGUUGAGACGGCCAUGAUGACAAUGAUCAGAUUCAUACUGGGAGAGGACUUCAUUUUGGGGCAGAGCAGAAUCGGACGCAACAACAUUGGGUGGGUGAGGGGGGGAGGGGCGGGGUGGGAGGCGUGUUGCUCUGUGACUCAGAAUCCACUCUACAAAAAUCCUGUUCCUGCUGCCUCCCCCCCGCAGACCCCUCCUCUCGCCGAGGGCAUCGCAUCCUGGACGACAGCGCACGGUCUGAGAGAGAAGCGAGUGUCUUUUAUGCAAAGAUGAUUUUUCUCUUUUUGUCCUAAAAAAAUAACGAGAAGAAAAAAACAAAACACAGUCGACAAUAUUGAACUCUUCAGUGAUACUAACCACCUGAACAGUAGCAUCGAUGCUAAGACCCGUGUGACUUACUAUCCAACACCUUUUGUUAAGAGAGAACGCAGACAGGAAGACAGUAGGGGAUGGAAAUACAAACUUUUUUUCCCAUAAUGCCAUAGGGGUAGCGCGCGUGUGUGUGUGUGUGCGCGUGUGUUAGAGAGUGUGAAUGUGGGACUGUCAGUCUCUGGUGAGGUCCACCACUGCAGGACACUGUAAAGCUCGUCUUCCUCAAAUACUAUUUUAACCUGAAAAUGUACAAAAGAGAGAAAAAGUUAUUUAGAAAAAAAUCUAUCAACAACGUCUGGCCGGAUCGUUUUUACACCGGCUGCUCUCUCGUCCGUCUGUGGAAUCAUCACCAGAGGAGUGGUUUGACCGUCUUCUCUGUUGAGUGACAGGUGGACGAGACGAGCGGGGGCGGCUGCGUGUCAGAAAGCAGCCAGUGUAGCUCUCUACCAAACGUUUAUCUACUCACUAAAAGUGCUGAUCAGCUAACAUCCGUCAUGCUCGUCUACCGCCGCCAGAAAUGUAGAUAGAAGUGACUUUUCCUUCCAGUACACUUUGAUUUGACUCUCUCUCUCUCUCUCUCUCUCUCUCUCCCUUUCGAUGUCAUGUGCGUCAUAUUUAGGUACUACAUUUGAAGCAUGUACGCUCGUUUUUCUUUACAUGUCGAGGGUCACAAGUCUGCCAAGAAGUCGCAUUAUAACCGUCACACGUUUUUUUCUUGUAAGCAAUAAGUGUAGCAUCUAAGUCCUCACUCACACCCAGCAUCUCUCUCUCUCUCUCUCUACCCACCCUGCUCAGCCCCCGUCUCUUUGUCCAACUCUGUGCGGGUGUGAUGUCAAACUGGAGAUGAAGGUGAAAGAGUACCAGAGAGAAUCUGUUAACACAUGAGAAGUUAACUUUUGAUAUUUUCUUUUCAAACUCACAACCGUAUUUUUAUCCUUUAUUUUUCUUUCUGCAUUUAUGUGAAACGUUCACAGGACAUCUGCAACAUAGCAGACUGGUGUCCAUAUAAGGACACGAUUGUGCCAUUUACUCUCUCUGCAGUGCUUAGUGAGGAUGGUUCCAACUUUAACUCUUUGGCCUUUUUUUCUUUCGUCUGCCGCUGUCCAACUUUGAGAGUGAAAAGGUGUAUUUAAGCCGACAGACGUCUUAGAUAAAGGAACACGUAGUUUAAUUGAGGUGCUGUUUCUGUGUCACUUCAAGCUCAAAGUACAAUCAACCUGACUGGGGGGGGAUGUUGUUUAAAUAAUGACACUGUUGCUCCAGGCAACGGGUAAAAAGUCUGUUUUACAAUUCUGUACUCAUGUCGUCUCCAUAAUGUCCUGAGGAGACACAAAUACAAUCAAACGUCACAACUGUCCAACAGCCAUACACCAUACCAUCUGUUUGAAAACCACCUGCUGAUCAAACCAUGCAGAGGAGUGUGAGGCGUGAAUCUUAAGUGGUGCAUUACAGUUUGAAUUCAGUGAACAAAAGGAGUUCAGCUUAAUGUCUCCAUUAAAGGAGCAGUCCAGUUUUUAAAUAGGCCUUCUAACACAUCCAUAAAGAUUCACUUCAGGCACAUUUUGUAAGUCAAAAUAAUCCCAAGGCGAACAUUUCCUGACUUCAGAUCUGAUUUCUCAAUCAUCCAACUCAAUGGAAUCUUUAUUUGAUUGAUAAAUGUUCACCUCAUCAAAUCUCGGUGUUGGUUUUUUUAAAGCCGAGAUUACCCGUGAUGUCAUUACAUGUCAGACUAAACAAAACUUCUCCAGAACCAAAGACGAUUUACAACCCAGCCUGAACGAUGAGCCCUGAGUGGAAGUUAAAGGUGGAGUCAGUUUGUAAAACACAACAUUCAAACUCGGCCCCUCCUCCUGGGCUCAUCGCUCCCAUAAGCUCACCCUCACUGCAGGACGUUUACUGCUUGUGGCUACGCUGCAAGCUAACGCAUGCUAGCACAAGUUAACCGUCGGUGUUUGUCACCAAAAGCAGACCAACACAAGUUUCCCCCUCAUGUUUGACCCACUAUGAUUAUAUUUUCUCUUCUUUGCUGCUAAGUCCACGUCCGUCGUAUGAGCCAGGUUUGAUUUGCGUCCAAUCCCUGACUCAUAUCCACUCUACUCACCUGCUGCACUGUCAUUGGCUGAGAGGAAACUCACCAACCAAAACAAACCAGAAGAGUAAAAUCAGUCUCCACUACACAUCUAUGGAGGAACAUAAGAGAUGAUUAACUUUACUAUAAGUCUUUAUCUUAUUCUGUAGGAACAAUCGUCUGACUCUUUAAACUCUAAUGAGGACAACCAGACGGGGAGUGACUGAGGGUUUUUAAGUGGAUGGUGGUCGAUGGCUGUUGGACGUUGUACGACUCCACUGUGUUUAAGGGCUUGGACAUCAUAGCUUUGCUACAAAUGAUGACUAUUAACUGAUGUGAGAAAAUACUCACCAAUAGUUUCUCCUCUUCUUUGGAAUCGAUCCAAUGAAAUGGACGUGUUGGUCGUAGACAUCCAGACGCUGUUAACCUUCGGCUUGAGUCUGAAGCUUUUUGAUAUCUUUUCUGGUUUUGUGUUAACAUCACGGUUUCAUCUCCUAAUCCAUCCUUUUUCUAAAGCCAAACGCCCAGACAGGAAGCUUGUGCACUGCGCAUCAUCGAUUGCACUUUAAGACAAAAAAACCCCUCCCCUCACAGAGUAAUCCAACACGCUCUGACUGCAGCCGUUAAAGAGCCUCUUUUAAAAAAAACAAACGUGCGGCUAUCUCACCAAAGGAUUCAUCCUCGCUCCCUCCUGCUCGACACGCCCCCUCUCAACAAAGUCGCCUUUUCUUCUGUUUGUUUCAUUUAGUGGAGAGAUCUGGGACGUGAGGGCGAGACAAUGGUUGUGGUGGAGAGACGUUGAUCUUUCUGUGAAGCUAUGUGGUUUGUGCCUUGUUCCAAAGUUGCAUUUAAAGUGUUGAAGAUCUAAAGAGAACUCUAGUAAUAAUAAUAUCUGAGGACUGUGGUUCUGAUCUCAUGCAGUAGUUUGGUUUCUGUUCCACUCUUUCCUCUUUUUGGAGAUCAUGAUGAUUUAAAGGGAGCGUGGAAUGACCUUGGUACUGUUCCUCACCAAGAAAACAUCUUAGCGCCUGUUUCUUUUCUUCUUUUUUUUUUUUUUACAUAUAUGUUAUUUUUGUUUCCAUUCUGAUGUGAGGUUUCUUAUCUAACAGUUCUGAAAUACAAUCUAGUCUUUAAAGAGAGAACAGGUCUGUACGGCUUCAGAGACGGUCCUGAAGUGUGCAAGUCCAGACUCGUCUGGCUGCAGUGUUCAGUGUUUCCUCAUGUUUAACGUCUCAGAGAGCAUCUUGAGUUUUCUUUACAUGCUUGAGGAUCUGUCUUCUUCUCCAUGUGAUCAGAAGACAGCUGGUUGAAACAUUUAUAUUCGUCUGUAAACCCGUUUUUCUUUUUCUGCUGAGGGAACUGAUGGGAUUGUGAAGGAGAGGUGACGAUGGCUGAUGAAGGUUGGAUGGGUCGGGGUUCCAGACAUAUUCUUUAAUCAUCUGCAUUGUACCAUACUGUUCUCAUGUUCAUUAGUCUUUUCUUACAUGCUAACAUAUUGUUUUGUUUGAGCAGAUUAAAUAAAAAUUGCAAUACAAGAGCA